AUGCGCAGCUCCUUACUGGGUGUGAGCAUGGUUUCUCACAAAAGUAAUAAACUUCGUCUUGAAGUAUUGCGUGGAACCCAUACGACAUAUUCCUUUGACCCCAAAUCUCCAGUUGAUGAGUAUCCCGCAGCAAUAGGUCAACAAGUUGUCCUAGUCGGUGCUGUGCAAGCUCGAAAUAAUGCUCGCGUGGUGUUCACGGGGUCGUUGGAGAUGUUUUCUGAUGAAUACUUGAGCGCAGACGUGCAUCACUUCGCUAAAGGAGCAUCGUGAGU